ACCACCCUCCCCUUAUUUCUCAUGUUUCCUUACCUCCAUCAACUCUCAAUUCAUAUUCCAUUUCCAUACUCACUUUAAAACCCACUCUACCUUUUCUCUUUCCCUUUGCCAUCUUCACUUUCUCUCCCACUUCUCCUUUCCUUCGUCUUUCCAUUAUACUCUAUUCCCUAGCUUUCUUGAUCAAACCCCCAUAUAUAUAGGCUAGCUUUAACAUCAACGUACAUGGGAAUUGUAGAAGAAACAAUAAUGGAAAAAGAAACAACAACCAAGAAAUGGGUCAUCUCCGGAAUCCAAUUCAUGACUCCAUUGAAGCCUAUUUGCACAAAGAAAGAAAUAAGAAAAUCUCAUGAUAAAGAAAAUGAAGGACAAGAACAUGAAGAGAUUGAAAAACAAAAUGAAGAAAAAGAAGAAUAUGAGUCUUGUAAGACUCCAACAACACUGGAAUCACUGAUUCCAGUGUUAAAGUGCCCCGGGGCUCCUCGAAAAAGAAAAGCUAUUUCUAGGAGUCAUUGUAAUCGUGUUAGAGACUACUUCAAGCCUCCGGAUUUGGAAAGUGUAUUCCGACGUUGUGUUGAAAGAGCAUAACCGCCUAUGUGGGCUUUCUAGCCUUACAAUAUUUCUCAACAUUUUCUAACAAUAAUUAGUGUUUAACUAGUUGUGAUAAUAUUUUGUAAUUAUUGUACAUGUAGUUUCGUUGCAAUUUAAUCAUAAGAAUUGCUGAAAUGUAUGAGAAAAAAACUUUUCUGAA